UAAACAAACAAAUAAAACCCACUGCCCCGGGGCCAGCCCGGAUCCCCGCCUCCCGGGUCCUCCCGGGGCUCUCCGCCCUCGCGUGCGUCUGGGCACGUCCCCCCCCCCCAGUGGCGCGUUCCACGCACGUCCCCGCACUUAACCUGUGCGCGGCCGGCGCGGUGCUGGCGGCAGGGAGCGCGAGCCUGCACCCGCAGCCCCGCGGACCAUGACUUGCUACCGGGGCUUCCUGCUGGGCAGCUGCCGGCGCGUGGCGGGUGGCCGCGCGGCUCUGCGGGGCUCGGGCUCGGGCGCGGACGGCCGGCGGCACUUGGGGCACGGGCAGCCGCGCGAGCUGGCGGGCGGUGGUAGCCCCGCCGACGGCGGCUUCCGCCCCUCGCGGGUGGUGGUGGUGGCGAAAACCACCCGCUACGAGUUCGAGCAGCAGCGGUACCGCUAUGCGGAGCUCUCGGAGGAGGACCUGAAGCAGCUGCUUGCUUUGAAAGGCUCGAGCUACAGUGGACUACUUGAGCGACAUCAUAUUCACACCAAAAAUGUAGAACACAUAAUUGAUAGUUUACGGGAUGAAGGGAUUGAGGUUCGCCUGGUCAAGCGGAGGGAGUACGAUGAAGAGACUGUUCGAUGGGCAGACGCUGUCAUAGCUGCGGGAGGUGAUGGCACGAUGCUUCUGGCUGCGAGUAAAGUCCUGGACAGACUCAAACCUGUCAUUGGGGUCAACACUGAUCCGGAACGGUCUGAAGGUCACCUAUGCCUGCCUGUGCGAUACACACAUUCCUUCCCGGAAGCCUUACGGAAGUUCUCUCGUGGUGAGUUCAGGUGGUUGUGGAGGCAGCGGAUCAGGUUAUAUCUGGAAGGGACUGGCAUAAACCCCACUCCCGUGGACCUUCACGAACAGCAGCUGAGCUUGAAUCAGCACAGCCGAGCCUUUAACAUUGAAAGAACGCACGAUGAAAGGUCGGAGGCGUCAGGACCUCAGCUUCUGCCGGUGAGAGCGCUCAAUGAAGUCUUCAUUGGGGAGAGCCUGUCAUCCAGAAUGCCUUAUUGUUGGGCUGUAGCAGUGGACAAUUUAAGAAGAAAUAUACCCAAUCUAAAGGGACUGGCUUCCUACUAUGAAAUUUCAGUUGAUGACGGCCCAUGGGAGAAGCAGAAGAGCUCAGGGCUCAAUUUGUGCACUGGGACAGGAUCAAAGGCCUGGUCGUUCAAUAUUAACAGGGUUGCAGCGCAGGCUGUUGAAGAUGUUUUACAUAUUGCAAGACGACAAGGAAAUCUGACUCUUCCAUUGAACAAAGACUUGGUAGAAAAAGUAACAAACGAAUAUAACGAAUCAUUGCUCUACAGUCCAGAAGAACCAAAAAUACUUUUCAGUAUACGAGAGCCAAUAGCAAACAGAGUUUUCUCCAGCAGCCGUCAGCGUUGUUUCUCCUCAAAAGUUUGUGUCCGUUCUCGAUGUUGGGAUGCCUGCAUGGUUGUGGAUGGAGGAACAUCUUUUGAGUUUAACGACGGAGCAAUUGCUUCAAUGAUGAUCAAUAAAGAAGAUGAGCUUCGAACUGUGAUUCUAGAACAGUGAAGGGUUUACUCAGACCCUGGAUGUGAUUAGUAGACAUCUUUUUUCUGCAGAUACAGAUGACCAGCCAUGGACCGACCUUGUUAUGGUUCUUAAUGACAGGCUACCACUAGAGUCAAGGUGACAAAAUGGGCCGCGUGUGCUCUCCUGCUGAUUCUGACAGACAAGAGCUGUUCACCGGGAGACGGACUAAGUGGACUAGAAUUAUGUCGAAGCUUCUGUACUAUUUACAGUUGGUAACCAAGAGCAUCGAUAUUCCUUAGAGGCAGGUUAAAUAAAGGAUUAAGUAUUUAGGAUUUGAAAUUUAACUGUACAAGUGUUGUUUUCUUCCUAACUUUGUGGAAUUGGCCAUGUGUACCAGUUGAUUAGUACAUUAUUUUUAUAGUACUUAAAAGUAAAGAUUUUUAAAAAAAAUUUGAUGAUGGAGAAUUUUGAUAAAUCCUGAUGUUGACUUAACUGAAGUUGGUAAAUUGUGUUUUCUAUAGCUAAGAAUUUUCUAAUUCUAGGAAACCAUGAUGGAAUCACUAUUGAUUGAAAACAUGGGAGCAGUUUUAAGAUUAUUUGUAGAGAAAUUCUGACUUGUUUUGGGUGUCAUCAGUGCUAGAUGAAACACAUCUAUGGGACAUGUCAUUGGCACUUUGUAAAGUAUUGAUUUCCAUAGCAAUUAUUGUUCAGACAGGUAACUGAGUCCGAUAGCCCCCCUCCUGAUUUUGGUUUUGAAUUUCUAUUAUGAAAUCAAGGAUUAGAAGGAUAAUCAAUGAUUGUGUUCUGUUAGUUCAGUAAAAUGUUCAAAGACCCUUCCUUUAGUAUUGGGAAUGGACUCUUUAGUAAACACCUAGGACCUCAGACAUAAUUUUGGAAUUGCCUUAAAUUAGUAUUGUGAUUUCCUUUUACUGUAUUCUAAAAUUUAAACAAUAGCUUUGCGGGAUAAACAGCUUCCCCAUCUUCUGGUAUGAAAACCACUCUUAGUUUUGGAGAAAACUAUUUUAAUUCUUGANUUUGUUUUCAUGAAAAGCUUCCCUUGCUAGAUAAUGGAUGGUAUUUUCAUGCUGGAUUUUCCAGACUUGUGUAUUUUCAGUUGUUGGUGAAUUUCCUUUUUUAUUGACAAAAUGUCUAUUGAAGAUUCAUUCUGUGCCGUCUAUCAUAUAUCUGUAUCAUGUUAUAGAUAUAUAUGAUAUAAUGAAUUGUUGCAUAGACAUCGAAAUAGACUGUUUAUGGAACUUGAGCUUCGUGAGCUCAGAAGUCAAAAACUAAAGCUAGGAUGUAUGAUGAGAUCAAAUGCUCUUAGCUUUGCCAAACGCAACACGCUGCUCUUUAACAAUUAAGAAAAAUGAAUGUCACUGUGUGAGGUAAUUUAGAUCUGUCUGGGCUUGUGUGUUUAUUUAGAACACUUUCCUUGACUGUAGAAGGAAAUAAGUGUUUUUAUCUGAGCCAACUCUAAUUUCUAGUUUAACUUUUUUUUAAAAAAAAUGGAUAUAUUUAAGAUAUCACUUUAUAUGAAAGUUAAAUUCUACACUAUAGAGAAUUUCCCUAAGAGGCUUAAAAUACCUUGUUAGAAAAAAAAAAUGCCACUCUCGUCUUUAAUGUACCUAGCUCUGGUUGUCCAUGAUUUACCACACAUCUAUUUAUAUGUACCACUAACUGGUAAUGAGCUGUGUGGAAUUGUUCUUAAACUACCCUUGGAAAGGUAUUAAAAUUACUUACUGUGCUCUGCCUACAAUUUAACUUCUACUCUGUGGCAGGCAGGGAUUUAUUUGUAAUAGACUGAUGGCAAAGGAUGUUGGAAUAUCAAAAAUGUCUUUAAAUGGGUUAACCUUUAAUGACCACUUUAUGCAAAUAAAAUUAAACCUUUGUCCAUUUUUA